AUGACCACACUGUUACCGAGACAGCCCGAGAGUCACAGUAACAGAGAGUCAUAUGAUUAUUUAAAGAGUGUGGACACGGCCUCCAUUACUGUUUCUGUUCUUCGGAAAGAGCGAUCAUGGCUCACAGAAUCUCCGAUAUCGAGUUCCGGACACAGAUACAGGGCAUAACGAGGAAUUUCAACGAAAUGAGUAACGACGAGUUGAAGACUCUGGUCGAAUGCGACGAUGCCAUCAUCGAUACCCAGUUCACGGACUGCUCAGCUGCUCGAGCAAUGGAGCGAACGCGGAAAUCUCUGAUCGAGAACAAUCGUCUAAUAGCGCAGGAGAAUAUCGAGAAGGAGACCCGAUUUUUUGACCUGCGGAAUACGUUGCUCAAGAUGUACCAAGAAGCCAAGGACCUCAAACAUUCAAUUGAAGAGAUGCAGGACCGAAAUCCUCGAUUGAAGUCGGCAACUGCCGAUCUGGAUUCCAUACAGGCUGUUCUAGAAGCUGCUGCGAGAGACGCCGAGGAUGUGUCAGAGAAAAUCGCCACUGAGUUUCUCGACGCCCGGAUCUCGGCCGAUGAUUUCCUAGCGACUUUCGUAGAUAAACGAAGGGAAUCCCAGCUGAGAAGAGUGAAUGCCGAGAAGGUCGUUGACCUGCUUCGAGAGCGAAGAAGAACUCCAGCCGUUCAACCGAUGCCCCUCUACCCAGGUCAGGGAAUGAUGCCUCCAUUGGGUCCUCCAAUGACCUAUCAACCUCCGUCGAUGCCCCAAAUGGGUUACGGUGUACCGCCGUAUCUUCCGUAUCCAGCUUACCCGCCUGCCGGACCGAUGAGCAUGCCAACACCCGGGACUUAGAACUACAGCUUCAUGCAGAAAACGCACAGAUCCGUUAUUGGGAUCAUCUGUGGGAUUAUCAUGAGAAACCUUGAAAAAUGGGCGAUUUAACUCGGGCGGAUCGCGAUACUUCGUCUCUGACUAGUUUAGGGAUGAGAUUUUAGGAUAAGAAUUAAAGAGUAUCGGGCAAACAA